AUGUGUCUGGAUUUGAUAUUCGCGAAUUAUAGUGUCGCAACGCAUUCAGUAGUGGCUUGCGAUCAGACGGAUGGCACAACGUCUUGCGGUAGUUUGGUGGUUGUGGCGCAUGAUGUGAAGGCGGUAGUGGUGGCGUUUAGGUGGGUGUACGACCAUACAAGGCGCCCGUUGAGUCAGACGCGAGAGUAUUUUGCAAAAAUAUUCCGAAAAUGAAUUUCGCUUCGAGAUAUUUUCAAUAAAACAUGUGUUCCUUGAAACAAAAUACCGUAUCUUGUUUCAAAGAACACAUAUUUUCUCAAAAAUAUCUCGAAGCGAUGUCGUUCUCUGUCUUAGAUGACGUCAUCAGACCCCCGUCGUCUCUCGUCUGACCCGAGGGGCAAUUUUUUAUUGGAGUAAAUGGUCGUGCCCUAGGGUCAGGCGGUAGUCUAAUGACAUCGCUUCGAGAUAUUUUUGAGAAAAAUACCGUAUCUUGUUUCAAGGAACACGAAAAUAUCUCGAAGCGAAAUUCAUUUUCGGGGGAUAUUUUUGCAAAAUACUCUGACUGUUAGGCUAACUUUAAAGAUCCCACUCAGAAGUCAGAGUAACUAUCCUAGCCCCCUUUUUUUACAGAGGAACCAAGGGUAAAACUCAAUUCCUAGUCGAGACCAAUGUGUUAGCCUUCAUCGACCCAGUUUCAUGGCCCCCUGGCGGAAAAGUCGGUGCAUAUUUCUUCCGAGCCUUCAACGAUCUAUGGGAUUCAGGAGUUGGGGAAAUUCUUGAAAAGGUUCUAGAGGACUAUCCAGAUUAUGAACUUUGGGUAAGUCGCUACUUAUUAUCUGAGGCUAGUAGAGUUCAUUAAAGAUCGGUGGACACUCAUUGGGUGGUUCAUUGGGAACUCUUACCGCAAGUCAUUUUUUGGUGAGCCACGAACUGGAGAUCGGGAAUUUGCAGAUCUUAUCGAUUCGGAGAUCGAGUAUUCCUUUAGAAUUGUGAAUAAGCGGGAUGUUAUUGUGCAUUUACCACCGAAAGGGUAUAGGGGAGCGAGGUGAGAAGUUAGGGUAACUUUGGUAGAUAGUGCAGCUUGCAGGCACCACGGUCGUGAAAUCUGGUAUAAAAACGGUAUGCUUGCCUCCACAAGCUCCAAUUUCCUCCAAUGCAACAAUCAAGAGUCGAAAAACUGUUCCGAAGGUCUCAAAGUAUUCUACAGAUAUAAAGAUCAUCACAAAUAUUUUGGAAUUUAUAUGACAACUUGGGGAAGACGAAAUUGUCAAGGAGACUAA